AUGACGACGCACGACGACAGCUACGCCGACGCGAGCUUCGACCUCGACGAGAGCAUCGGCGAGGACAUCGACGAGGAGCUCGAUACCCCCGCCCGACGCAUAGCAGUCGUCGACAGCGACGGCGAGGGCGAGGACGAAAUCUCGCCUCCCCGGGCACGCAAGCAGAGUCCCCCGGAGCCCUCGCCCCGGUCAUCCCCGGAAGAGGCGGCUCCGACGACGACGCCCGGGUCCGCGGGAACGAGGUUGAGCGCGGGGAGCGGGCUGGCAUCGCUCCCGCCGCUGUCUCCGCGGCGCCUCUCGCCGAUGUCCCCCGGCAUCGUGCCGGGAUCAUCUCUCAAGCCGCUCCUCGCGCCCAAGUCGCCGCUUCCCCCGUCUCCCAGGAGCCCGUUCUCUUCGCACAAGCCGAUGAUCUACGUCCCUCCCUCGCGAGAGCUCCCGUUCAAGACCCCGGCGAAGCUGUGGGAGUUCGAAUCCAGGUGGGAAAACGUGGAGGCCGGCGCGACGGACGCCGGCGGCGACGACGUCGUCGAGGAAGUCGCCGACGACGAGGAAGUCGCGGAGAGGCACGUGCCGAGCAGCAGUCCGGAGUCGUCGUCGGUCGAGUCCCCGAAGCGGUGGGUGGACACGCUGCGGACGCCGACGAAGGCGGAGAGGCUCGUGCACAGGUACUCCUCCGUCAACACGAUCAAUCCCGUGCUCCAGCGGCAGAUGGAGCUCAGCAGGCGGCGAAGAGACGCGGUCACCAAGUGGACUCCGCCCAAGGAGAAGAGGACAAAGGCCAAGCGCAAGCCCGCGCUGCCCACGUUUAACACCGUGAAGGACACCGGCGUCGUCGUCGUCGAGGCGUCGACCGUUCCCCAAAGACGCACCGCGACCGUGGACGUCAACGCCGCACUCCCCGUGUUCUCCGCGGCGGUGUCCAGGGCGCUGGCGCAGUGCGCGAUCGACGCGGAUGACCAGAGGCGGUACCUUAAAAGCGGAGCUGAGCGUAACCCGAGGGCCACGGUGGCGAUGGUGGAGGACGUCCCGGCGCUCGCCGCGGUGCAGGGGCCGGGGACGCCGUACGCGAACGUCCCGACGCACAAGAGGUACUCGUGGUAUAAACACUACGGGUUCGCGGGUAAGGGCGCGAAGACGAGCUGGGGUUAUAAUCCAAAGAGGGAGGACAUCGGGGCGAGGUAUUUAGCGGCCAAAACGCAACCGGCGAAGUGCACUGCUUGUGAGGUACUUGACGACGAUGAGCGGUGA